AGUGACUUUUUUUUUGGUGGUGUGCCGCAGGGCUCCUUCCGCGACUCGUACCGCAACAUGACGUACAAGCACGUGAUGGCGCUCAAGUGGGCGGCGUACCGCUGCCCUGGCGCGCGCUACCUGCUCAAGACGGACGACGACGUCUUCGUCAACUCGCCCGAGCUACUGCGCUUCCUGGCGCGCGAGCUGUCGCCCUGGGGCGCUCGCCGCCUCAUCCUCUGCGUGCCCUUCCCGUACGGCUACGUCAAGCGCUCCUGGCGCUCAAAGUGGCGCGUGUCGCCGAAGGAGUACCCCGGGCGGCUGUACCCGCGGUACUGCGCGGGCUGGGCGGUGCUGUACUCGCCCGACGCCGUGUUCCUGCUGUACCGCGAGGCGCAGCGCGUUCCCUACUUCUGGAUCGACGACGUGCACGUGACGGGCACGCUGGCGGCGCGCGUCAACCUGUCGCAGACGCCGCUGGGGUCGCUGGCGCUGACGCAGCUGCAGAUGCAGGCGCUGGUGGACGCGGCCCCCGGGGCCGACCCGCCGCCCUACGCCGCGCACUUCCUCUUCGGAUCGCCCGACAUGCUCAAGAACGAUCUCUACAAACUGUGGGACUACGUGCAGAGGGGACGGUCCUAGCGCGCCCCGGUCGCCGCGGCGCCGGACGCCAGAGCGCAGCGCUGUCGCCUACCGACACCACCCACGUCGCCGGCGCUUUCUCCACUGCUCACCCACACGGCCUCACGGAGGAUUACUCGGGCGACCGGAGCCACCACCACCACCACCACCAUCGCCACCACCAUCACCACCGCUUCCCCCCCGGAACCCAAAGCGCCGUAGGGUCCUCGCGAGGGCUGAUGCCGGCCGUCGGGUGAGCGACUGUCGGGAUUGGCCAAGCGGGGCAGACGAGAACGUCAGCGCAACAGGUGUCGUAGCUUCCUGCCGGCCGGAGAAGACAGUCGAAAAUGGCUCUGUGUUCAGUUGCAUCGAAGCGCCCGUGCCGUAGCUUCGGAAAGCGCGUUUGCAUGAUUCUGGGCGGGGGAGGGGAGGGGAGGGGAGAGUGUCGUACGAAUAUGUUUCCAAGCACAGCUGCCUUGCUGUUAAUGCUAUUGAUCCAUUCGCGAAGAAGUGUGGACAGGAGGUGGUGUGGGACAGUGAAUAAAUUUAUCUGAUCAGUUUUUCCUUCUGCUAUUGUACCAAAUUCUUUUCCUUUUUUGAUACUUUUAGGAAACUCAUGAUAUUUUUGAUUACAUAUAAGAACGUAACAUGUGCACACUAGAUUUAAAUUCGUUAUUUAUGUGGUAUACUAAGAACGCUAUGAUUGAAGAUUUAUGAGUUUCAAUUAUAGUUUACAAUGCAACCAUAUUGAGGCAGCUUUGUACAGAUCAAAGUGUAAAUCUUGAGCCAAGUUAAAAAAAAUGUACUUUGAGAUAGUUGAGCCUCUUUAAAUCACAUCAUUCUUAAUCCUCCAGUCUGGAUAAGUAAACCAAAGCCUUCGUUUGGUAGUGCCCCAAGAAAGCUGAAUGGGCUCAUACCACUUGUUGCUGUCCUUGAUGUGCAGUGUAUGUGUGUGCGUGUGUAUGUGCUGGCUUGGCAGCUGGCAUACUCUACAAGUGCCUUGAGUCUGGCUCAUACCUCCCAGUGGUCAGUGUUGCUGCCCUCUGUGUUCACGUUUGCCAUCCUCUUUACUCCUUCCAAAACUAAAACAUUUGGCAACCAAUUUCUCAUGAUAGAUCUGUGAAUGCUAGGCUUAUCCACACUUGUGUUAUUAUGAGGAACGAAGUGUAGUGCUCAAACUGUCAAAUUGCUUUAAGGGCAAAGAAAGAGAACCACUUUCAUAAACUUUUCCCAUGUCCAGUCCCCAUUUCUUUAUUUGAAUGGUAGCCUCUGUAAUUUAGCAGUGUUCUUUGAUAGGGUAGAACAGAAUAAAAAAUGUUUAAAUAUUACAUGCAGGGCAGAAAGACUGACCUAAGGCCCAGGUGUAGUAGAUUGGUAUAGAAGUCAAAAGUGAAUGAUAACGGAAAAAAGUUGAUAUUUUUCUUCUCAGUAAUGUGAAUAUAAUCUCUUUUUCCUAAAGUUCUUGAUAGGGUGUGGGAAGGCUAGUGACAUUAUUGAAAGAAAAUAACUCCCCAUAAUAAUAAAAACAACUUAAAGAUACGCUUAUUGAAAUCAGCAUGUACUUAAGAACUUUGAUUACAAAAGAGAGACUUUUUUCUUCAAGGAUGUGGGGACUCAGCUAGAGCAUCUUGGAUGUGAAAACUGUUUUGAGUACUUACUACUGUGUUUUGAGAUUAUUAUAACUCCAGCCUGCACAAGGCAAUUUGCUUUAAUUUUCUCAGGCUUUCAUUCUUUUGUAUUGUGUGACUAUUCUGUCACACUAUUUUCUCUUCUGCUGGCCUUGUAGCAUGAUAUGUUCAGACGUGAAUGGUCUGAUACUAUGGGCAGUUACUCAUAAUUCUGCUUUGCUCGUUCCCCACCCUUUGUGAAGCAGUUUAAGGCAACGUGAUAUCUAGAAUAGAAAAUUGUAGUGAGCAGAGUGUUCCAAUUGCAGUGUUCCAUAUUUUAAUGAUGCUUGUGAAUAACGGUUCUCUGGCCUUUCCUUAACUUUUCGUGUUAUAAUUGUACAAUUUAUUUAUUUAUAAUCUUUAAUGGUUUCUUUGUUUUUCACUAAAGUUCUGUUUAUUCUUUCAAUAGGGACUACAGGCCUAAUAUCCUUCAAUUUGUGUAGGAACUGCUAAACAUCGUGGUGUUUAAGUGGAGGGCAGAAUUAAAAAUGUAGACUGCAAAUGGAACAGACCUAAUGUUUCUGAAAUUUUAAGGGUCCAAUUGCUGAAUCAUUAAAUUACUUACCCUUCGUAGUUCACUUCAGGCAAAUGUCAGCAAGACUGGUGUGAACAUGGCUAGACUGAUGUAUGAUGUUGUGAAUGUGGCCAUGUUUGUUGUGAUUGACCAGUGUGAGGGAAAUAUGUAUUAUGUAAUCAACAGAUGAAAAUUUUCUUGCUUUGUAAAUUAACAGUUAUAUUGUUUGCCUUUAUGAUUUUCUUAUUAUAAGCUUUUAGUGCUGGAGAUUUCAAGUGAAACUCAUAUGAAUUUUACUCUUUGUGAUCUCUCAUUAUGAAGAAAUAUUACAUUCCUCCUUAUGUGUUCUAAGUUUAUACAUGUUUUUGAAUUCUGUAGAAAAUAAAUUUUCAUUUCAAUGAAAUAUUUUCAAUCAUUCAAUUGAAUUUUGUUCCUUCAGUUGAUAUUUGGAAAAAAAAAAAAGUCUUAAAUUAUCAUGUCAUAAGAACAAAGGCCAAUAUUUCUGAUAAACUAAAACUUUUGUGUUAUUACAAAAAAAAAUUGUGUCAUAAUUUCAUGGAUGUACUUCAAACUAAACUCUUUUGAAAUUUUCAAAAAUAAUUAAUUUUAUAUAACACUAAUUAUGCUUAAAUUGAUCAUGUACUAUUUAUAAAUUAUGUAAUACAUUAUUUGCAUUUAUUAUGUAAAUAUUUAUCCAAUAUCUUGAGUGUGCUUGAUGAAUAUGAGUGUAUUUAUUUCCUUUUUGUUUAAGACUGUUUCUCUUUGUAAGCAUACAAAUCCUGACAGUCAGUGAUAUUGUUCUUAUUGAAUCUCCUUUACUAGGUGUACAUAUUAUAUUUAUGAUUGCUGGUUGCUUUUUAUGUUGCUGAUGGUCAUGCUCAAUGCUUUCAUGUACUUUUUGGGAUAGCAGUGGCCAUGCCAGUGAUGACGAUGGUGUCAGUGACUGACAGUUGCAGCAGCAAAUAGCAAUGUGCCUCAAUUCGCUGUUGUGUUUUGGGUCCUUGCUCACAACAGCUCACUGUCAUUUGCCUCAAUUUUGCGCAAAUAUUCUUGCAUAGAACUUCUCAUGUACUGAUUCAGGUUUCAAGUUGCCAAACACUUCUUAUAUCCUCCUAGAUGAUUUUCUCCUCGGACUAGUGUACCGUGAUAAAAGUACGAUAUACUGUGCUAAACCGAACUGUUGUCCCUCUUCAUUCUCAAAAAAAAUCUUCUCUGGCAAUGCUUGUCAUAGUCAUUUCUAGCGGUUAAGGAACAUAGGAAUCAUGUAUGAAAGUCGGCUGAUGUCAAAAUAAUGAUUCACUUAUGUUUUUGGAAUGUUUUAUUCAUAUUUAUGACAUACGCUUUUUAACAUACAUUGUUCAUUAGAAAUAUUAAACAUGUAUUAAACCAGUAUUUUAGGUUUGCUUACUGAAAUGGUUGUGUCAUUCAAAAUUUAUUGUGAGAGUAAUGAAUUAUAGUUUUAUGUGGCAAGCAUUGCUGUUUCAAUGAUCCCAUAAGUGUUAUGUAAAUAUAAAAUUACUAUGCAUAUUACAUAGAAUUUUGUUGUAAACUAUAUAUUUUUUCGGUGUUUAAUAAUGAAUGAGGAAUGAAUUUCAGUAUGUAGACUGAGACUGUAACAAGGUUAUCGUAAUUGUUCCUGCCUUCCAUGUUGUGGAAGGCAGUGGGGAAAGAACAUUCUGCUUAGGUGAAUAAAGUUG